AUGGCUCCAGACCUCAUCCACCUCGAGGGGACUAUGCUUCGCCCAUCAGCCAUGUCCCCGAUGAAGGCAGACAGCCCCCAGCCCACUGAGCAUACUGCUCCACCUAACAAUGCAGAAAGUGUUGAGGCAACAGCUGAAGCGCACGACACACCUAACCUUGACAAACGAGGCUCAACAUAUAUGAGACCUGGUCAAGUGAGACACACACCACUAGGUCGCCAACCCAGACCAAGACAAAACCAAGCUCAAACAGGCUCCCAACCAAGAAUGGAACACCGAGAAGGCAAGAAAUCUAUUAGAGCAAACAUCAAAAUAGCCUUGUUAAACAUGAGAGGGAGAUGGCACAAUGGGGUAGAUAAGUGGCAUCACAUCAACCAAAUAAUACGAGAGAAAAAGAUUGGAAUCAUGGAAAUCCAAGAGACCCACCUAUCGAAAGAGGAAGAAUCAAAGAUUAAUGAGACCUUUGGUCGCAGAAUAACAGUCAUCUGGUCCAUAGAACCAGAAAACACCAAUGCAAAAGGUGUGGCAGUCAUAUUAAAUGUGUACUCAACUAACAGCAAAGAAGCAACAUCAGAAGAACUCGUCCCCGGAAGGGCGCUCCUGAUCCAAAUUUCCUGGAUGAAAAACGCAAAACUAUCUGUGUUAGCGAUCUACACCCCAAACGAACCAACACAAAACCAAGUGUUCUGGGAGGAGAUACAUUCCAAGCUGAUAGGGAAGCCCACACCUGAUGUAGUGCUAGGCAACUUUAAUAUUGUAGAGGGCGCCUGUUAA